AUGGAUUGGAGUUUGUGUGCUCUGUGCCAACUCGAUGGCAAUAAUCUCAUUGUACCAUCUGCAAAUUUGAAUCCAGCUGUAUGUGGAUACUCUGCAUUAGCAAGGAACAUAGAUGCAUUUAUUAAUGAAGGUCUUCCAUUACCAAAUAAGAUAAAUGUUGCUGUAGUUGAUCUGAAAGGGGAUACAAAUAUUGCUGAUAACCUAAAAGCCAAUAAAGCUCGGUGGCAUAAAAGAUGCCUGACAGAAUUAGCACCUUCAAAGCUCAAGCGUGCAUUAGAUUCAGCUGCUAAUAAAAAACGUAAAAAAACACUUUCUGAGGAUAUACCAUCUUCUAAAAGAACACGUUCCAGCAUAGACACAAGUACACAGUUAAAAUCUUGCCUGUGUCUUUUUUGCAACGAACCAGGUGUAUUCAGAGCCGAAUAUGCCAAGACGAAACAUCCAAAUGCGCACAAACGAAUGAGUAAAGUUCGUACUGAUAACUGUGAUGAUUUUGUCAGAAAAGCUGCUGCUGAAAUGGGAGAUGCAUUGCUCCUUGCUAAGCUCUCAGAGAGAAACUUAUUUGCAAGAGAUGCUUUCUACCACCUACAAUGUAUGGCAGAAUUCAGAAACCGAUAUAGGGCAUUCUUGGUGCCAAAAGAUGACGACACUGCUAGGGUGAAGGACUACGAAAGUUCUGCGCUCGCUGAAACAAUGAUGUACAUUCAAGAACAGUUGUCGAUAAGUACACACACAGACGUACCGGCAUCGGUGAAGUUAUCAGACAUUAGAAAAACCUAUUAUAAUAGUUUAAGUAGACUGGUUGGCAAGGAAAUGAACGUAAAUGCCACACGGCUUAAAGAUAGGAUUCUCGACUUGGACAGUGACCUGCAAGCUGUUCCAGAUAAGAAGGAAAUUUACAUAUCGUACAAAGAUGACAUGGCAGCCGCUUUGAAAUAUGCUAGUCAUUCUCAAGCCAGUGAUGUUAUGGGUCUUUGCCAGAUUGCUAGAAAAAUUAAAUCUGAGUUAGCAGACAAAAAGGAAACGUUUACUGGUCACUUUGAAGAACAAUGUCAAGAACAGUCAGUAUCUCCUACAUUAUUGUCCUUAAUGAAUAUGUUGACCGGAUUUGAAAGCAAAUGUAAAGAAGACUCGUCCAAGUUUUCUCCCGCUUUAGUCUUGGCUCAGCUGCUCACAUAUAAUUCAGCUCAAAAGAGAUCACACACGGGGGAUUUUCGCAAUAAUGCAGUUCGUGAAACACCAGUGGCCAUUUAUAUAGCAUUUCUUAUUCACUCGAAGACAAGAAGCAAGGACCUGGUAGAUAGACUUCACUCACUGGGGUUAUGUGUCUCAUAUGACCGUCUUUCAACGUUAUCAACACAAUUAGGGAACAAUGUUAUUAAUCAGUUUGACAAAGAUGGAUUGGUAUGCCCCAACUCAUUGAGAAGCAAACUCUUCACCACAUAUGCCGUAGACAAUAUUGAUCAUAACCCAAGUUCCAGAACAGCAAAGGAUUCGUGGCAUGGCACAGCGAUAUCUGCUUCCCAGCAUUUGGAAAAUAAAGAUGAUGGGUGUGUUCGGCCGUCCCUUGAAUUGCAAAAUGAUAAAAUACAAAGCAAAACAUUAAAACAGCUCCCAACCGAAUACACAAGCAUUUCGCCAUAUGUUUUGAAGAAAAAAGACAUUAUCGCGCCAUGUGAUGAUGAAACAAGUAAAGAGGUUGAGUAUUUUCAUUAUUUCAUUACUGACAAACGGUGUACGGUGUAUAAACAUUGGAAAUGUGUUCUUACUAAGAUUCAUGUAUUUUCGUGUUUACUUUAGUGGACGCAGAAAAGUGAAACAUCAAAGUUCUGUACGUCUGAUGAACCGUGGUUGGAAAACGUUUCUCACUCAAUAUUGAAUGAUGGCGACAGCGUGAUGACUGAGGAGAAAAAUCUGACAUGGUAAGUUGCAAUAAUCAUUAUAAAAGUCAUUAAUAAUUCAUGAAGAAAAUUCAAGAGAAACGAAUGUUUAGUCAAUGUUUUUAAAUCGCAUAAAGAUUUGUGCUCAUAAGAUGGAUCGUUUUAAAAGCACGAUAAAACAUUCGCAUCCGAUCUUUAUCUGAUAUACAAACUCUCGCCUUCGGCUCAAGUUUUUAUAUCAGAUAAAGAUUGCUGCUCAUGUUUUAUCUAGUACGUAUUACAGCAUAAUGUAUCAUCUCAAUUAAAGACACAUGCACUUUUAUAUAUUUUCAGGUCUGCAUUCUACUCGUCUAUAAUGGAGAACGCACUGCCUGCCAAGACAAUCACAGCCCUGCUUCCGUUGUUUCGGGAACACGCUAACACACCUGCAAUGAUACACCACGCCAUGUUGCUUAUAAAAAAACAAACAGCGUUCUUGAACCCAGGUAAAUAAGCAAACUGUCGCGCUUUUAGGGUAAACGUGUAAAAAUGAAAUAUUUAUUUUGAAAAUGUACUUGUUUGUCAGGUCAAACUCCUGUUAUGACUGUUGACCAACCUCUGUAUGCUUUGGGUAAACAGAUACAGUGGACCAAGUCGAAAGACAUUGACGAUAAGCAUAUCCUUGUCAUGAUGGGUGAUCUGCACAUAGAGAUGACAUUCAUGAAAUGCAUAGGUUAGAAUCCAAAAAACUCUUUUAACAUAAUCUAAAUUUGAAGAAGCAUUGAUCGUUCGCUUUAUACAGAAUUAUUUGUAUUUACAGGUGAUUGGCUCGAUGGUAGUGGGUGGGUUCAUCUUUUGGCUUUAUCGAAAGUUGCGACGCCAGGGAAGGCUAAUGCCAUGCUUAGCGCUUCUUCCAACGUCACAUUUUGCCGUUACGUCCACCAAGUGACAGCAUGCGUCCUAUACCAGAGCAUGAAGGACGCAUAUGGUUGGUACUGCAACAACACAGAGGUCCCACUACCCGAAGCUGAGUGGUUGAAAGAAAACAUAAAACAUCCUAUGUUCAGAUACUGGUCUAUCACAUUGAAAAUGGAGUUGAUCUUGCUGCAGUUUGUCAAAGCCAUAAGAUCGGCGAAUUUCGACAUGUAUGUAAAUGCCUUGCAGCUGAUAGCACCGUGGAUGUUUAGUCUCGAUCAUUAUAACUACGCUCGAUGGUUGCCAGUGCAUAUAAAUAGUAUGGUCACACUGCAAGAGAUUCAUCCAGAUGUUUACGAACAGUUUACAGCAAAAGGUUUUUUCACAGCACAGAAGUCAAACAGGAAGUUCUCUCGCAUAGGAUUGGACCAUAACCAUGAACAAAUUAAUGCCAAAAUUAAAGGUAUAUUUAGAUAUUAAAUACUGUAGUUAUUCUAUCAUACGUCCCUGGCUCUGGUGACUUGAAAAGCACACCCCGUGAAAAUUAAGACACCGUUAUUAUAAAUUAUAUUCUUCUAUUCUAAAGGUGUUGUAGGAGCCAUCGGACUUACUGAAAAUGACGCAUCUCUUGCGAAAUGGCUGAUCGCAGGUCCGGAAAUCUCUCGGAUGGUAGAAGAAUUUGAGGACUUGAAUAAAUUACCAGAGUGUGGUUAUAUUCUCGAGCACCAUGAUUCCAAUCCUUCUGCACAGAAACAUUUUGCUGAUGACGUAAAGAGAAUGUACGAUGCGCUUGCUGACUUGGGAAAUCCAUUUCUUGAUGACAGCGAUGAUCUGUACGCUCUAGACACAAAGCUGGUACCUGGACCAGAGGCGAUCAAACACCUACAAACCGUUGAAGCCAUCGGAAUAGCGCAGUUUAAAUUAUACAUGGACACGCGCAUUUUGAACAACAACAUUCCUAUAUCAGAUACCAUCACUAAGAAUAACGUGCAGAUCUUUAAAUGUGCCAAAGCAAGGAAAUCUACGAAGAAAGACGUGCAGCUGAAAACAGCGAGAAGCGAUGCUGCUUUAUUUUCUCAAUUGUUCAUUGCCUGCCAAAACAGAGAUGGAGACCUUGAGCAGUUUUUCGCACACGAGAACCAAGUAGCGCCACCUAGCCUUUCGGAGAAUGGAAAUUUAAGACCAGCAAAGAACAAAUCAGGUUUUUGCACGAAUAUUAAUUCAAUAGCUUUCUAAAUUGUUAUUUAUACAAAUUUAGCAUGUCAUGACCGUUCGGUUUUUCUUAAAUUUCAGAUGUUAUAGAUGUAGUUUUGGCUGUCAAACACACAGAGUGCAAUGAAACCCCGCCAGUGGACGCCAAAGUUUUUGACGGACCGGCAAUUGUGAACAUGAUAAAGCCUACUGAUUGUAAGACAUUCGCCGAUUAUGUGUCCAGUGUCAUUCAACCAUUUAUAGAGCAUCAUCUCAGAUCAGCUGCUCGACUUGACUUGGUAUUUGAUAGAUAUUUUAAGAAUAGUUUGAAAUCCGGUACGCGAUCAAAUCGUGGCUCUGGUGUCAGGAGGGUUGUAAAAGCAAAUGGGACUAUGCCAAACAAUUGGUCGACGUUUCUGCGAUGUGAUGAAAACAAAAGUGAACUAUUUCCUUUGAUUGUAGAUGCGCUAUCUGAGAACAUUAGUGAUAGACGUGGGCUGUUCGUUGGAUCUCGAGAGGACGGGGCAGUUGCAAAUCAGAAUGUGGAUUUACGUUCGUUAAUGCCAUGCAACAUCGAGGAAGCAGAUGAACGUAUGUUCGUCCACGUCCAACACGCCGCCGCACUUUAUCCACGCAUUUUGAUUAAGACUGUCGACAGUGAUGUUGUUGUAAUUGCGCUUUCCGCCUUCCAUAGAAUACACGGCCUUCGGGAGCUCUGGCUCGAGUUUGGCGUGGGGAAGCAUCUCAAAUACAUUCCUGUUCACGAAAUCGCGGUUUCUCUCGGACGACAGACCUGCAACGCUUUACUUUUUUUUCACGCAUUUAGUGGCUGUGAUACCACUUCUUCGCUAAAAGGUAAAGGGAAGAAGUCCUUCAAUGAAGCCUGGAAAAAGAUGCCCAGCGUAACUCCAGUUUUCGAACGAGUGGCAACAUCGCAAGGCGAGAUAAGUGGAGCGGAUCGUGAUCUUUUGGAGGAGUUUAUUGUUACCUUGUAUUGCGCCACGUUCGAUGGACAAAAGGUAAAUGAUGCUAGGCGGUACCUCUUCACAAGCAAGGGGAAAACCAUGGAGAACAUUCCACCGACGGCAGCUGCAUUGAGCGAGCAUAUUAAACGAUCUGUUUUGCAAGCGCGCAAGUGGUACCACUGUCUUGAAGCCACCAGAGUUGUCCAGGACCCAGCUCAUUGA